UAAUUAUGUUGAAAUAUUUUAUAAGUAUAAAUUCAUUUAAUGACGAAAAUGUGCUAUCGAAGCCAGAUUCAAAUCGGUCAGUAUAGGUGUGGUUGCCUCGCUUAUUUGCUGUUUCGUCCUAUUUACUGAUCGGAAUUUUAACCGUUAGCGACCGAUUCGGCGGUCGCUGAAAACUAGGUUAAAACUUAUACUUCCUUUCACGCUGCUCAACACUGCUAAGUGCUAACCUCUUCGUUUCUCUCUUCUAACGCCGCUGAACCUCCAGCCAAUCCUUUUGCCGCCAGCAGCUCGCUGUAAGUCAAACAGUGGUCGAUCGCCCCGCCGGUAGGGAGGGUUCCUUGCUCGGCCAACUUCUCCACAGGCUGCCAACCGGUAUAAGAACUUUUCUCAGCAGAAUGCGCUCAAGCGGAAAAAAACAGAAGUGCGUUAGAGACAUAGCUUGGGGGAAAGGUCAACGGGGAAAAAAUGCUAAGUGCUUACAAUUCUUGAGGAAUAAGCGAAGCAAGAUCGACAGUAAGAGAGUUGGUCCAUCUCGCCAUAUUGAGGAAUCUAUAUCCGAUGCAGAGCACACACGACACUUAGCUACACCAUCUGGACUUGAACCUUUGAGCAAGGAGGUAUUCACUUACACUCAGAUGAGGAAAUAUGAAGGACAGGCAGUUGUUGACCAUCCCUCUCAAAGUGUUGUGGAUGAUUACAAUUCUCUAUCAGAGCAACAUUCUGCACAGCAAACUGAUUCUGGACCUGAUUCCUCCAUUAAUGAGAGAGAAAUAUACUUGGAGGACGUUGAUGAAGGCCAGCGGAAGCGCAAGGUGUCGGUUUACUACAGCCAUUCAAGCUCUGCCUCUGACAGUGCUACAUCGCCAUUGUCUGCGCAGGAUCUUGCUAUGAAAGAGCAGUAUCGUGAGAUGAAAGAGCAGGUGGAGAAACAAGGAGAACAGAUAGAGCAGCUUAAAGAGAUUCUGCAGGCACAGAUUAUGCGAAGGUUGCCUAGAUGUCCGCAGGUAAAGGAGAUGGCGCAGAAUAUGCAGUUAUUGCCUAGCCAGCCUCCAGUUAAUUCUGCUUCUGGAGAGGACACCAAGCCUACAGUAGCUAAUGACACAACUGGGGAUGUUCCUUAGUUACUUUCUCUAUAAUUCUGUUCUUAAUUCUGAAUAUUACAACUAUGUACGUUUGAACUUGUGUAUGUUUUCUACUUGUAUUGUUUGUGAUUCCUGCCAAUGAGUAUGUUAUAAUUAUUACA